AUGCUGGACUGUGGUAACACUGACGCAAGACCUGGUGUAUCUAUGCAUCCUUAUCAUUCUGUGUGGAUGGCUCAUUGGAUGCGAAAAAGCUGCGACUCAACAUCAGGGGUUGAUAAUCAUUUAUCAUUUCAUGAUGAGAAAAAGAAAGAUGAUCAUGAUAAUAAGCAGUCAUCCUUUCUGGUUCAAACUGAUGAAUGUAGGAAGGGAACUAGAUCGGAUGUUGUAAGAGUUGGUCCAAGUAACUUUUCCAAGCAUAUAAGUGCAAUGAGAUGCCGGGGAGGCUUGUAUAUAGAAUCUGAUGGUCCUCAUUCUUCCAAAGAAGUUGUAGCAGUAACUGAUGCUGAAAGAGUUGAAAUGAGAGAUGGGGCACUGCCAAUAAAGUUAUUAAACUUCAGCAAUGUCAGAAAAUGGCAAUCCUUUCCAAUGAUUAACUUCAAUGAAAGGAAGGAGAGUAUUUUUACUUCAAAGAAGGAUUUAUAUUUCAAUGGAAGACAUCAACCAAUAUCUCAAAUUGACGUCAGGUCUGAAUUUGGUCCUACUGUGCUUGAGAAUGAGGCACACUUUUCUUCAAGAGUUCUUGCAUCAGCUCCAACUGGAAUACAAUUUUUUCCAAGAGCACAUCAUCCUGCCGAAGGUGUGCCUCAAAGUUCUGGGCAGCUGGUGAAACCUGAUGAGUCUCCAAAGAAAAAAAGUUUCCCCGUUUCAAGGACUUUGCAGGAUGAUCAUACGGUCUCAAUAUAUGGGUUUGAGACCAGAGGAUUACUGCUACAGUCUUCUAAGUUCAGAAACAGGGAAAAUAAUCCUCCAACAUUCAAUGAAUGUGUCACAAAGUGCAAUUUUGGUGCUACUGAACAUAAAAUCUGUAACUGCUGUAGAUAUUCAACAUUUUUAGUUUGUGAUGAGAAGAUCGAUGACCGACUAACUGCUAAAUAUUCUGGACACCCACCCCUGAAGCAACAUGGUGAGAGCCAGCAACUACGUGUUCUUUCAACGAGUGAUGUGAGAUUCCCAAUUACUGUUGGCAAACAGAAUGAAAGGUGUAACUUUCCUGGUUCUGAAUGUUUAACAAGCCACAGCUGCCCUCCUGGGAUCGCCAAAUCAGAAGAGUUGAAUUAUGGUAGUCAUUCACUACACCAAAUGCCUAAGUGUUCUGUUCAUGAUGCAGACACACCGAGAAUAUGCCCAACUGUGGAUUCUGUGGAGGCCCUGCCUGGAGGUUCUUCAAAGAUUUCUCUGCCAACUCAUAAUAUGCUGAUCACAGAAAAGACUGAUGUUAACCUUUCUGAGGAUGGUAAGGUGUGCAGGGAAUCAACAGUGUCAAACGAACUCAAAGGAAAUGCAUUCCAUGAAUUGCUAACCUUGCCUCCUGAUUUUGGUUGCCAUACUAGAGCUAAGCUUCAUUCUCUAAGGAACUCUGUAGACAAUGAAGUAACAGGUGAUGUUUGGAAUGCCAAGCUAGGUUCAGAAGGUUUUAAGAAUGUAUCAUCAGCUGAAACUGAUGCAAUGGAUUUUGACAUUCUUCAGGAAAGAAACUCACUUCCAGAUCCAGCUUCUUAUCCAUCAAACAAGGAUGUAUGUCAAAGCCCAGCAAAAUCUCAAGCGACAAUUGCUUCCCUGAGAGAAAAGGUUGGAAGUAGAAAGGCAGAAGCUGAUUUACCCGAUAUGUUCCAAGUGCCCCCUGCUUCAGCUGAAGGAGGUGGUAUUGGCGACCGGGAAUUGAUCUCAUCAAGAACUGAGAGUUUGGAGGUGGAUCACCUCCUUUCCUUUGAUGAGCAGCAGCUUGCUAAGUCAAGCUUCAGUCCACAUCGAGACAGCCCCCAAUGCCUCAAACCAGACAGUAGAUGGGUUAAGCGUCGCCAGGUAAGUUCCUGGGACUGUCUUUCUUUUGGUACCAGGUAUUCAAAAAUGGGUGAUGCAUCUGCAAGUGAAAAAGUAAAUAAGGUGUUCAGCAAAAUUAUGAAUCGCUGCAGUAGUAGCUCACAGGACAAGUUGGGUAAAUAUUUUGGAAAGGGAAAAAUGGACAAUGAAACGAUGGUGUUGCCAAGGAACAGGGAAUCCUCUUCUAUGGAUUCAGUGAAGGAACAUUUAGAUUUUACAUAUUCUUGGGUUCAGAGAUGGUGCCAUAACAAGUCAGCAGCACAAUUGGUGAAGCCAAGAGUAAAUUUGGUUGGUGAGCCUCAUAGCUCCAAGGCAGCUUUAUAUGAAUUUGAAAGGAAGCAAUUUCCGAGCAUUGCUGCGAGGGCGUUGAUGUGGAAGUAUAUAAAUGGUUUCCGGUCAUGUGAGUUCAGGAGAAGGGGUUCAUUUGUAGUUUGGAAUAAUACUGAGGGGUUUUAAAAUCAUUCUGAGUUGCACAUUGCAGAGUGGGGGGGGGGGGGUAAUUGUGAUUCCUCCCGUGUCAGGUGCUAGAGAAGAAUGAAUCAGAAAGUAGAGACUAUCUUUGCUGUCAAUAGAAAAUUUAAGUUAAGUUUGUGAUCUCUGAAGGCCAAGGGACUGCAAUGGUAUGUACUCCU